GAAGAGGAGACAGAAAGGCCAACAUCUGAGCAGCUUUCUGAAAAUCAUCAUUUUUCUCUGCUGUGUCAGUUGUUGUUUCUCUUAGAUCAUGUACAGCUGGUGACGAACACAGCGCACGAGAGAGGCAGACAGAGAGAGAGAGAAAAAGAGGAUCCCUUUACCUGGACGAUAUUUCCUGCUCAUAGUUCUCGGAGGGAAGGAACAAUCCAAGAGGAUGAACCCAUCCAGAGUCGUGGCAUACAGCAUCCUUGCUGUCUUCUCUGUGAUGCAGCUCGGUCUGAUCCCCACUAUGGCUGAGGGAGAGACAACAGUGUUUGGUGCUGUUGGGGAACAGGUGAUCCUGCCCUGUAUUGACAAAUUCCAAAAUGAAGGGGUGACCUGGAAAUACAAUGACCUAGUUGUGAUCCAGUAUCAGAAGCAGCUCUUGAGAGGCAGAACUCCGUUUUUCAAUCGAUCUGAAUUAAAUAAGCAGGAGAUGUCCAAGGGGAACUUCUCCCUGAUACUGUCACAGCUGAGGCACUCUGAUGCUGGCAAGUACGUCUGUGGAGUUGGUUCCAGAACUUUCAUGGUCCAGCUGCAAGUGUUUGAAGUUACAAGUUCUCCAAGUGGCUACCUCCUGCAGCAUGAAAAACUCAUGCUGACCAUACAAGGUCCCUCAAGUGCCAUCGUCACCUGGUAUGACAACCGCGAGAACAAAGUGACAGCCACUCAGUCAAGAGAACUGAAGAAUGGUGGACACAGUCUGCAGAUACACAACCUCCGGGCUGAGGACAGUGGAACCUGGAUGUGCCACAUCACAUCCCUGUCUGCUAAGCUGGACAUACCCUAUAAGGUGCUGGUGAUAGGUUUUCAUCAUUUGAACCAGGAGACACUCUACAAAGCUGUUAAUUCCACUGUGUCCUUCUCCUACUCUCUGAGCACUGACCUGCAGAAGAUAAGAGAGCUGGAGUACAUCACGGGCUUGGAGUGGAAACCAAUGGCAGACAACGAGUACCUGGAGAAGUUUAAUUUCAGCGUCACCUCUAAAGAGCUGCCCUUGUUUAAGCAAAUAGCCAACAUGCAGUUUACAUGGAAACUCAGCAAUCACCUGGAAGUGAAACUGCCCAAAGUCCAGUUCAAGGAUGCUGGAUGGUAUCAGUGCCAGAUCACAGUCAGCCGUGGCCGUGUGGAGAAGGCCAUCCACCUAGUGGUGAUGACAGUCUCUGCUGACCCUGUUGAGCCGCUCUCCAAAUGGGCUAACGUGACCCUGCUCUGCAAGCUCUCGGUUCCUGUCCCACAUAAUGCCCAGCUGUUCUGGGAGCAUGUGAAUGGGACUGAGAAGGAAUUAAAUAUGUUGGGAUGCAAUGAGGUGAUGGUGAAGACCAAGACUGUGGGGCUGUGGAGAUGCAGCCUUAAGGUGGAGAACAACGUGAUGACCAGCAUUGACUACACUGUGGUGAAGGCUGCUGAACGGAAUAGCUGUGUGUGGAGCUGGGCAGGGGUUGGAGCUGGCAUAGUGCUGCUUCUCCUUGCAAGCCUAUGUACUUACAUCUAUAUUACCCAGCAGCAGAGAAGGCAACGGGCUGAAAAGAUAGCACGAGCCAGGCGAGACUUGCUUGAAAGGAGAACUUGUCAGUGUCAACGUCAGCUGAAGAAUGACUAUUCCGAUGCUUGAGACAGAAGGGUGAAUGAAGUCUCUGCCAAUGAUAAGCCAUCUUGCAGCCCACUUUGCUUGCUUGGAUCCAACCCACCUUUCCUUCCUCCAGUGCAAUGCUUUGUUCUUUCAUCUUUCUCCCAGCCCAUUGCCAGGAAGGGAUCUUAUCAGGGUGGGGAUGGGAUACAGUGAGCAGGACAAGCACCCACCCCAGGGUGAUGGCUCAGCCUCAGCUCCAUCAGGGAAAGUACUGAAUGUAAAGUAUAUACGGAUGUAUUUUGCGCAUAUGCUUGAUUUGACCUCCUGGAUUUUAUCUCAGAUGUUUCCUGUGCCUGCU